AUGCGAACAGCUGUAUUGAUGCUAUUCAUCAAGGCAAUUCUAUGCAUAUUUACUGCACAGAGUAGUGGUCAAGCGGGUAAUAAUGUGUCAUUCUUCGACAUCAACUUCAAGAGCUUUUUAAAUUACUUCCUCAGUGGACUGAAAAAUUUAGCAAGGAUCGGGAGAAUUUUCAAAUGGGAUGAGGUAUUUUACAAAGAACCUCAGAACGAAAUGACCAGCUUCGCGAUCUCCGAUACAGAAAAGAUGCUUUUUUACAAACUAGCGCUUUUAUCUCAGCAGACGUAUAGUGUUGAAGAUUACUACGACGGUAAACUGAAGAAAGAUUAUGAAAUGGCAGUACAGAAAUAUAAAAGGGCGAAUGACAUGGAGCAGACACCUAAAAAUGGACGAAAAUUUAGCAUUUUUGAAGUGUUCUAUACUAAAACAGAAUUUGUGAAGAAUUAUCUAAAAGGAAUAAUUUUCACCGUUGAUCGUACUACUGUGAUAGCAUACAAGGGAACUUCACCAUCAUUGCUUGGAUAUGGCAACAGCAGCUCGUCAAGUGACAAAGUUUUUGAUAAUAUCGCGUUUGAUUGUAAUUUAAGCCCGGAAAGAGUGAAAAACCUUUUUUAUUUGGAGGACGCACGGCAAAUAUACUUGGAUGUGAAACGAAGAUUCCCGAACAACAGGAUAGUUUUGACGGGACACUCGAUGGGCGCAGCAAUAGCGAGUUCUGUUGGUUAUAUAUACAACGAGUAUGUCAUUGGAUUUGGAACGCCGGGUGAUCACCAGAUUAUAAAGCGAUUGCAUCCAUCUAAACAGAAAACACAUGAUAAAAAGAAACCUUCAGGUGUGAUCGACAGUUUGUUUGCGAAAAUUGGCCAUAAAACCGUACAUGUCAGUGAUUGUAGGGAUGUAAUUUAUAGGGGAGCGUGUAAUGGGCAGGUAGAUAUUUGCAAGAUAUCAGGAUAUGACAUUAAGACCAAGUGCCACACCGGUGUGACACUCUGUUUUGAUAAUGAAGGGUCUUUAAGUCUCUUAAAGCAUACCAUUUACAGUAUUGUAGAGAAGUUAAAACAGGAGAAAUUGUCGUUCUAUAAAGUUGACGAGAGUGGAUGUGGAAAAACUGAGUGUAAGGAUAAAUUGAAGGGAAUAUUUAAAUAAAGCGCUUUUUAGCACCUA